AUGAAGCAUCAUCUUAUGGUCGGUACCUGGACCCCUCCAGGCCGCAUCUACACCGUCGCCUUUGACGAUGAGGCCCUCACUCUCGACCUCGUCAAGAAGACCGACAUCCCCGAGGCUGAGCCCAUCUCCUGGAUGACUUUCUCGCAUGACAAGAAGGCCAUCUAUGGCGCCGCCAUGAAGAAGUGGAACAGCUUCGCCGUCCACAGCCCCACGGAGAUUGUUCACCAAGCCUCUCACCCUGUUGCUGGUCACGAACUCGCCGCCAGCGCCGACACCAACACCCGCGCCAUCUUCGUCCUCGCCGCCCACAAGCCCCCCUACAACGUCUACGGCAACCCCUUCUACAAAUACGCCGGCUACGGUAACGUCUUCUCUGCCGGUUCCGAUGGCGCUCUCCUCGAGAACAUCCAGAACUACGAGUACGAGCCCAACACCGGUAUCCACGGCAUGGUCUUCGACCCCACCGAAACCUACCUCUACUCCGCCGAUCUCCAGGCCAACAAGAUCUGGACACACCUGAAGGAUCCCGAAACCGGCAAGCUGACCCUUGUCGACUGUAUCGAGGCUCCCUCUCCCGAUGACCACCCCCGCUGGGUCGAGAUGCACCCCAGCGGCAAAUACCUGUACGCCCUGAUGGAAGCUGGCAACCGUCUGGCCGUGUACGUCAUCGACGAGCGCACCCACAAGCCCGUCUUCACCCACAUUACAUACCCCCUGUUGCCCCAGGGUUUGCCCCCGCGCAACAAGUACCGCGGCGACGUUACCUUCACUACCCGCAGCGGAGAGUACCUCUUUGCCACGACCCGUAGCAACCACUUCGAUGUCACGGGAUACAUCACGGCGUUCAAGCUGGGACCGAACGGUAACAUUGAGAAGCAGCUGUUUAUUCACCCUACGUCGACGAGUGGUGGACACUCGAAUGCGGUUAGCCCGUGCGACUUUAGCGAUGAGUGGUUGGCGCUGUGCGAUGACCAGCUUGGAUUUGUGGAGAUCUACCGCUUCAAGGAUGAGACGCUGGCUCGGGUUGCGCGUGUGGAUAUCCCGGAGAAGGGAUUCGGUAUGAAUGCUAUUUGGUAUGAUUAA